GAGUGUUGUGAUUGGUCGUGUGAGGCCACGCCUACUGCGAGUGUCCACCACUGCCGCGCCACCGUCACUCUGUGUGAGUGAGUCAGUGCGCUAGUAGUAGUGGCAGUCGGCAGUGUUGUGAGUGUCAUGAGCGGAGACAUGGUAUACUACAACCCCCUGAUGUAUAGGGGUCAGCAAAGCCCCGUAGUGCCCCAGGGCUAUACGGGAUGGUAUCCGCCGGGUUAUCACCAGCCCCAGCAGCAGUUCCUGAGCUGUAUGCACGACGCAGGAGAGCAGCAAUGGUCACACCAUCACUUCUCGCCAGGAGACUGGUCCGUGGAGCCCGAGAGUAUCCUACCAUCCCCUAGUGUCACAGUGCAGAGUACCAGCGGGGGCAGCGAGCUGUCUAGCCCCGGACUGCCCCAGAACCCUCGACCUCCACCAGCCCGCAGCCCCUACGAGUGGAUGAGGAAACCCAGCUACCAGAGUCAACCCAACCCCGGUGACGGUGCGGAGCUGUUUGGGCCAGAUCGCAAGACGAGGACGAAAGACAAGUAUCGAGUGGUAUACACUGAUCAUCAGCGUCUGGAGCUGGAGAAAGAGUUCCACUAUAGUCGCUACAUCACCAUCAGACGGAAGGCGGAACUGGCGACCAACCUGGGACUAUCCGAGAGACAGGUCAAAAUUUGGUUCCAAAACAGAAGAGCCAAGGAGCGCAAACAGCUGAAGAAGCGAGAAGAGCUCAUCCACAAGGAGAAAAUGCAGCAACUCGCCAUGUUGUAACAUGUCUGGUCUCAUUCUCAUCGCACAUGUUGUACCACAUCACAUCUCGGUGUCUUUGUUCAUAUUGUAAUUUCUAUUUAACGUUUUUUAUUAUUAAUUUUAAGCUGUAAAUAAUCAUAGUUUUGUACAAGCUGUGUAUUAUAUGUUUGUAAUAAUAUAUUGUUAAAAACUAAUUUGUUUUAUAUUAGCACCUAUAGUAUUACUAAAUUAUUGAACAAUUUGGUACUGUUUGUCUUUAUUAAUAAUUAAGCCUUUGGAAAUAUAUAAAUUUCAGCUACCGGUACAGAGUAUAAAGUUAGAUUUGUACCAGAAUAGAUAGUUUUGUUAGAAGAGGUGAUGCAGUUUAUUUUGUUAUUUUACACACUUCAUUUACACUAUUCAAAUUUAUUCACAACAAGUCACUAAUCUGUUUUUUCUAACAUUAACUUGUAAGGAUACUAAAAUAUAUAAAAACAUAUUACUAAUUGUAGGCUAUUUAUUUUAGAUAGGUACUUCUGGAAAAAUAAGGAAAAUCCUUAAGAAGUAAAAUUUGUUUAGUUUGAGCUCUAGUUGAUCCUAAAGUUUUGUGAAAAUUUGAGAGUAAUAUUUUGUUAGAAGAUAAAAUAAGUUAAUUUGUAUAAAUUAUUUUAUAAAGAAGAUAUUCCUUCAGUUUACAGGCAGGCUCGGGAAGUUAAAUUGUUGUCAAUUGUAUAAUUUAUUUUUUAACUCUUCACAAUUUAGGGUCUAAGGUUUAAGUCAUUUGAUUUGUAUUAUUAUAUAUUUUUUGUUUUACAUUGACCUUGCAUUAACAUUCAAAUGAAACUUUCAAUUCUACCAAACCCAAUCUUUAGUAAAAUGGGGAUUCAGUAUUUUAUUUUUUAUUUUAAUACCUUUUAGAAGCUAAUCGUGGUUUUAUCCAUCAUCAAAAAUAAACUGUAUAGAAAAAGAAUAAGAAAAAACCAUUUUGUUGUUUAAAUGUUAAUAAUUGUUUGUGUUAUACAAGUUUUUAGUUAUUAAGUAAAAUAUAUUUCAGGUUGUCAUGGCAUGUUCAUUAUAAUAUCAUCCAUAAGAAUUAUUGAUUUUGAAAACAAUACUAGGACACAAGUUUUUUUUUUAUUUCAAGUAUUCACUUUGAAGUACAAUACAGUAUGCUCAGUCAUUUGCAAAUAUAAAACAUUGCUUUUUAACUUACAAUACCAUUUCAAAUGUUUUGAUAUUGCUGAAAACAAUUAUAUAUAAAGAUCCAAUUCCUAUCCUGCGACUGUUACGACCCUAGUUGCGCAGCUGUAAAAAUCUACUGCUUCAAUGCAAAGUAAAUGCAACCCAUUCCUAUCGAGCAUCUACAGUCGCGCCACUGGAGCGACUAGAGCCGCGCGGCUAAAGUCGUCAUGACUCGACUUCUCCGUGAGCAGUCCAGUCGCGCGACUGUAACAGAUUUAUAGUUUAUACAUACAGAGUUUGAGGUGUGUACCUUGAUAGAUGAUUCAAAGUUGAUGGAACUGGUUCGUCACCACCCAUACGUUUUCAACCCCAAGCACCCUCAAUACUUGAAGAAGAUUUCUCUGAAUGAGAAUACUCUGAAACCCCUCUUUUCGCCGUACCAAGAACAAUGUAUUUACUUACUGGUUGUUCAUUGUAUUUUACCAUGCACAUUUCCUUUUCCUCCUCUUCUUCAAGUAAUAUAAUCGCUGUGCUUAUUCCACGACGGUCAAGAGUGCAAUUGCACUAGUCACUAUAGUCGUGGGAGUCGCAGGAGUCGCGGCAUAGGAAUUAAGACAAACGUCCCGAGCCGUACGUACGGCUCUAGACUAGAGUCGUAUCAGUCGCCGCAUAGGAAUUGGACCUUUAGUCUCAAAUCUCAAUGUGCUAAGGCUUUGAUGCUCUGUAGGACAGGCUUCACCAAUUAGUGUUCACAAUAUUAAAAUAAUAAAACUACAACACGUUACUACCUAUUGUUAAUUUCUUAAACUGUCAACUGAUAUUAUUUGUAAUACUUUUACACAUAAGACUUUCAUUACAUACCACUCAAUACAAAAUUUGUUGUACUCAAUUUGUUUUUUCAUUGGAAUCCCAAGCCAUAAAAAAGUAUAAAUAAUAAAAUAAUAAUGACCACAUUACUUAAAUCAUAACUUUUGCCAUACACUUUUAGUGUGCUGUAAAAUUGUGCCUUUUUAGAACUCUACUAAAUUAAUGUUAGUUAUUUAUUACCAUCAUGCAUGAUAGCCUUAAAAGCAGUAUAUGGUAAAUUUACAUGAUUUAUAUUGACAAUUUAGUGCAAUCAAUAGAUUUUUAAUACUAAUUUUAUCAUUAUUAGUAGUUUAGAUUUUUUU